UGACGUUUAGGGUGGCAACUUCCUGUUUGGGUUGCAAGCGGACAUGAAUCGAUGAACUCUUCUUCUGUCUACAUGUAUCACUAUUUUAUCUAAACAGGGGAACACACACACCACAGAAAUGUCGGAAACGGGGAACAGACUUCGCAAACUGCUCGAAUCGCAGAAUUUCGACCCGCAAAAUUACGUGAAGCAGCUGUCCCAGCAGUCCGAUGGAGACAGAGACCUGCAGGAACACCGUCAAAAGAUCCAAAACCUGGCCGACGAAACGGCUCAAAACCUGAAGAAAAAUGUCUACAAGAACUACAGACAGUUCAUUGAAACUGCUAAAGAGAUAUCCUACCUGGAGAGCGAGAUGUACCAGCUGAGCCACAUCCUGACCGAGCAGAAGAGCAUCAUGGAGAGCAUCACUCAGGCCUUGAUAUCCACAGAUAAGGAUGAGACCUCUAAAGAGAUGCAGGCUGCUUUCCCCAAAGAGACAGAGGAGCUGAAGCAGAGGACACUCACCUCCCUGCUGGAGAAAGUAGAAGGGGGUAAAAACAUCAUGGACACCCCAGGGAGGCACCUUGUCUACAAUGGUGACCUUGUUGAGUUUGAUGUUGACAACAUGUCCCCCAUCCAGAAGGUGCACGCUUUCCUCAUGAACGACUGUCUGCUAAUCGCCACCUGGCUGCCCAACCGCAGGGGAACCGUGAAGUAUAAAUACAACGCCCUGUACGACCUGGAGAGCUUUGCUGUGGUCAAUGUGAAGGACAACCCUCCCAUGAAGGACAUGUUCAAGAUCCUCAUGUUCCCCGACAGUCGCAUCUUCCAGGCGGAGAACAGCAAGAUCAAGAAGGAGUGGCUGGAGAUCCUGGACGAAACCAAGAAGAACAAAGUCACCAAGGACAGGCACAAGAAGGAGGAGGAGGUCCCCGUGUCUCCUGUGAGGGCCGAGGUGUCCACCAAUCCUUUCGAUCAGGAGGAAGAACAGCAGCCAGCAGGGGAGGCAGAGGAAAGCGUGGACCUCAGCCUCGAGUGGAUCCAGGAGCUGCCCGAGGAUCUGGACGUCUGCAUCGCCCAGAGAGACUUCGAGGGCGCCGUGGACCUGGUGGACAAACUCAACGAGUAUCUGAAGGAGCAGCCGGUCAACCAGCGGGUCAAAGAGCUGCGGCUGAAGGUGGAGGAGCGGCUGCGCCAGCUGACCGAGGUCCUGGUGUUCGAGCUGUCUCCAGAUCGGUCCCUUCGGGGGGGGCCUAAAGCCACCAGGAGGGCCGUGUGCCAGCUGAUCAGACUAGGCCAGUCCACCAAGGCCUGCGAGUUGUUCCUGAAGAACCGAGCUGCGGCGGUGCAGACGGCCAUCCGGCAGCUGCGUAUAGAAGGAGCCACGCUGCUCUACAUCCACAAACUCUGCAACAUCUUCUUCACCAGCCUGCUGGAGACGGCCAAGGAGUUCGAGAUGGACUUUGCCGGGAACACGGGCUGCUACUCCGCCUUCGUGGUCUGGUCCAAAACCACCAUGAGGAUGUUUGUGGACGCCUUCAGCAAGCAGGUGUUCGACAGUAAGGAGAGCCUGUCCACAGCAGCAGAGUGUGUUAAAAAGGCGAAGGAGCACUGCCAGCAGCUGACGGAGAUCGGCCUGGACCUGACCUUCACGCUGCAGUCGCUGCUGGUCAAAGACAUCAAGGCGGCGCUGCAGAGCUACAACGACAUCAUCAUCGAGGCCACCAAGCACCGAAACUCUGAGGAGAUGUGGAGGAAGAUGAACCUCAUGACCCCCGAGGCUCUGACUAAACUCAAGGACGAGAUGCGCAGCUGUGGCAUCGCCAGCUUCGACCAGUACACGGGGGAUGACUGCUGGGUGAACCUGAGCUACACCAUCGUGGCCUUCACCAAGCAGAUGAUGAGCUUCCUGGAGGAGGGUCUGAAGCUGUACUUCCCCGAGCUGCACAUGGUGCUGCUGGAGAGCCUGCGGGAGAUCAUCCUGGUGGCCGUGCAGCACGUGGACUACAGCCUGCGCUGCGAGCAGGACCCCGAGAAGAAGGCCUUCAUCAUGCAGAACGCCUCCUUCCUCCACGACACCGUGCUGCCCGUGGUGGAGCGGAGGUUUGAAGAAGGCGUGGGGAAACCCGCCAAACAGCUGCAGGACCUGAGGAAGAGCACCAGGCCGGUCCGCAUCAACCCAGAGAGCACAACGUCUAUGGUGUGAGAAGACGGAACGCUGGCCAAAAAACACUGAAAAGCUCUUUUACUGAAUGUUCCGCCAAUUUCAACUCCCAUUUAAAAACUGCUAGAUGUUGUUUUGAGAUUGCCGGACAAUAAUUAAAAGGAUGCAUUAGGAGAAUACCUCAAGAUAGGUAUGAGUAUAAAGCUACUUUGCACCUGAGUUUGUACACACACAAAUGCCUAUUGUCAUUGGCUAAUAUGGAUAACACCUGAUCUGACUUUGUUUUUUUGAUGCACUGAAAUGAUUUAUGAGAAAGCCUUGUUCCAUUUGACAGUGAAACAAACGCAUCAUCAGUGACUUAGCAUCAAAUCAGGCACAUUGAGAUGUGUUUGUUACUGAAGAUAGAUAUUAACUUUACUCCACAAUUUCCUACCGUAUUAUUAAAUAAGUCUGCACAGCUGAGGGGACACCUGUAACUCAAUUCAUGUGAUGUUUGGGUGAUUUAUUCAAUAAAAACCUCUGUAUUUUCAGAGUUAAUCAAAUGACA